AGUGAUGUCAUAACCUCAAACAUACGCGUGGAAAACAUGGGGCCGCUGAAGAAUAAAUUCAAGAGGCACUUUGAGGAGAUUUCCGAGGGAAAUGGGGAGGAAAAGGCAGUGGAAAGUGAGGAGGAUGAGCUCCCUGAAGAACUUCGCGUGGCGGAGGCUUCCGACUCCGAAAGUGAUGAUGAAGACUUGGGAGAGGAUGAUGAUUCUGGGUCAGACGCUGGCAGUGUGUUGAGUUUUGACGAUCUCGGAGAUGAGGAGUCAGCUUCAGAGCCUGAGGAAUCUGCAGAAGAGGCGGAAGAUGAGGUAAAAUCAGCUGAAGGAGAGCCAUCGAAGCCUCCAACUGCGGAUGAGUAUCAGGACGACACAUCGGAUGAGGAGGACAUCCGGAACACAGUGGGAAACAUUCCCAUGCAUUGGUAUGAUGAGUACAAGCACAUUGGCUAUGAUUGGGACGCCAAACAGAUUGUGAAGCCGGCAAAAACAGAUCAGUUGGAUGACUUCUUGAAGCGCAUGGAGGAUCCGAACUUCUGGAAGACGGUGAAGGAUCCCCAGACUGGUCAGAAUGUUGUGCUGAGUGAUGAGGACAUUGAGCUGAUCAAGAGAAUAGCGCAGCAGAAGAUUCCGGAUGGGCAAUUUGAGGAAUUCGCGCCCUGGAUUGACUGGUUCACGUCGGAGGUGGAGAAGAUGCCCAUCCGGAACAUCCCUGACCACAAGCGCUCCUUCCUGCCGUCCAAGAGUGAGAAGAAGAAGGUCUCACGCUACGUGCACGCGCUGAAGAUGGGCUGGAUGAAGACGAAGAAAGAGCGCGAGAAGGCGGAGGCGGAAAAGAAGUCCGGACCGAAGUUCUACAUGCUCUGGGAGUCGGACAACACGAAGGAGAGCAUGAGGAGGAUUCACGAUCACGUGUCGGCGCCGAAGAGGCCGCUGCCGGGCCACGCGGAGUCCUACAAUCCGCCUCCGGAGUAUCUGUUCGACAAGAAGGAGAUGCGCGAGUGGAAGCGACUGGAAAAGGAGCCGCACAAGCGGAAGCUGCACUUCGUGCCGCAGCAGUACAAGAGCUUGAGGGAGGUUCCGGCCUAUGCGAGAUACACUCACGAGAGAUUCCUGCGCUGUCUCGAUCUCUAUCUCUGUCCGCGCGCACACAGGAUGAAGCUCACCAUCGAGCCAGAGUAUCUGAUUCCCAAACUGCCCUCGCCCAGGGAUCUGCAGCCAUUCCCCACGCACGAGACGCUGGUUUACGUCGGGCACAGCGAUAUUGUGCGCACGAUAAGCGUGGAACCGCGCGGAGAGUUCAUUGUCACAGGCUCGGACGACGCGUCCGUGAAGAUCUGGGAGAUCUCGACGGCCAGGUGCAUCAAGACCAUCCAGACGAAGGACAUUGUGCGCUCCGUGGCGUGGUGUCCCAACGGGAAACUCUCCCUGUUGGCUGUGGCCAGCGGUCAGCGCCUGCUGCUCAUCAAUCCCGAGACGGGAGAUAAGUUGGUGGUGUCCAAGACGGACGAGAUCUUCACGGAUGCGCCAGAGAGUGACCUGCUGGACCAGGAGCGCCUCAAGACGGCCGUGCAAUGGAUGGAACCCGAGGAACUCGAGCACAAAUCCGGCCUGAGGAUCGUGAUUAACCACUUCAAGCAGAUAAAGCAUGUCACGUGGCACGGACGCGGUGACUAUUUGGCUUCUGUGAUGCCCGAUGGAGCGCAUCGCUCUGUGAUCAUCCAUCAGCUGUCCAAGCGGCGCUCGCAAUUCCCCUUCGCGAAGAGCAAAGGCACCGUGGAGUGCGUGCUGUUCCAUCCCGUGAAGCCACUGCUGUUCGUGGCCACGCAGAAGAGCGUCCGGAUGUAUGAUCUGGUGAAGCAGGAGCUGAUGAAGAAGCUGAUGAGCAACAGCAACUGGAUCAGCGACAUGGCCAUCCAUCCCAAGGGUGACAAUCUCAUCGUGUCGACGUACGACAAGAAGAUCCUCUGGUUCGACCUGGAGCUCUCCACGAAGCCCUACCAGACGAUGCGCCUGCACAAGGGGGCGGUGCGUGGCGUGGCGUUCCACCGGAAGUACCCACUCUUCGCGUCCGCCAGCGACGACGCCAGCGUCAUCGUCUCCCACGGAAUGGUGUACAAUGAUUUGCUGCAGAAUCCCCUGAUUGUGCCGCUGAAGAAGCUCGAGACGCACGAAAAGGUCAACGACUUCGGAGCGUUCAGCGUCGUUUGGCACCCGUCGCAGCCCUGGGUCUUCUCCACGGGCGGCGACAAGACGGUCAGGCUGUACACCUAAGCUUCCUGGACACUCAGCGACACUGAAUAUAAUAAAGGAUGUAAUUAAGUUUA